UCUUCUGGUUGAUCUAAUCCUUCUUAGCCCACUAAACACCCUUCAUAAGGUACACUCUCUUCGUCAAAGCUCCCCACCCCUCUUCCAACAAGAAAACACAUACAACACCAAAGGCUUUACACCGACAUAGAUAAACAUGCAUCAGCAGGCAAAGUGGAAGCCAGCAUGGUUAGAAGCCCUCAGUACAGAGAAGUUCUUCAUAGCAUGCUCCUUCCAUGAGCACGCCAAGAAGAACGAGAAGAACAUAUGCUGCCUUGACUGCUGCACCAGCAUCUGCCCACACUGUGUGGCGACACACCGAGUACACCGGCUCCUGCAGGUGCGGCGGUAUGUAUACCAUGAUGUCGUUCGGCUGGAGGACCUUGAGAAGCUUAUUGAUUGCUCUGGUGUUCAGUCAUACACAAUUAACAGCUCUAAAGUCGUUUUCCUUAAGAAGAGACCACAGAAUAGGCAAUUUAAGGGGUCAGGGAAUAUUUGUACGUCCUGCGACAGAAGCCUUCAGGAACCCUACUUCUACUGCUCUAUGGAUUGCAAGGUUGAGUACAUAUUACGGAAGAAAAAAGACUUAUCAGCAUACUUGCGUCCAUGCAAGACAUUGCAGCUUGGUCCUGACUUCUUCAUUCCUCAUGACGCUGAUGAUGAGACGACCCACUCAACCCUUGUUGAUGUUGACGAGCCUAUGGGAUCAUCCGACUCCGAUAAUUUGAGCACACCAUACCCAAGUUUUGUCCGGAAGAAGCGGAGUGGACCAUACAUCUGUGCACGAUCUGCAAACCGAGUCUCUGAUGAUGACAUGGCCACAAACAUGAGCAGAAGGAAAGGGGUGCCUCAACGAUCGCCUUUGUGCUAA